AGCACAACCCGUCGAACCGACGGCCCGUUCGCUGCCAUCCGCAAGCAAAAAAUAGAUAUAGUUUUAUGUAGCCCGGAAUAAUUUGAGAUAAUAGAAAGCGGCACUGUUUGAACGACGUCGAGCAAGAAACAUAUACCGCGCCCUCUGUGGUUUAGUGUAAGAAGACGUGUCGAAGAUGCCUAUGUAUCAGAGGCCUCCGUUUUGGCGCGUUCCCCAUCAAAGAGUAGACCCCGGCGACGAACCCAGAGACUUUGGACAACGAAGAAGGGUGACACCAGGCACUCCGGCCGGUCGAGAGCUGGUCCGAGGGGACAUCAUCGCUAAGAUAGAUGACUACGACGCGCGGGAUCUACGCCACGAGGACGCACAGAACCUCUUCAAAAAUGCCCGCAAUCAAAUAAAAAUUGUUGUCCAAAGGGGCGGUUCGAGCUCUCAUCUAUAUUCAGUGCCACGUGCGACAGGGAGCUAUGUAGGCCGAGUGCCCACUCCCACCUUCUAUCACGAAUACGCUGAGGACGCGGACCGAGACGUGGUGGGGGCGAUUCCAUACAUACCGAGGUCGCCGGUUCCCAGCAGUGUUCCUCCAUCCUUCAGAACACCCAGUCCACUUCCGACGAGCCAAGGAAACUGGCAAGGGCGCGGUCCCGAGUCUCUACCCAGGACCCCAGUGCAAAACUACACGUCAUUCCCUGUCCAGCACGAGGGGGAGUACAGAACUCUAUUGCUGUCGCCUUCAUCCGUCCGUACUGAUGAAACAAUCGAUGAAUCUAUUCAUAGCCAACCAUACCGUACUACGCCCCUGGUGUUGCCGGGCGCGAAGGUCCGUCGCGAACCAGGUCCCACAGAGAGCUACCUCCGUCACCACCCCAACCCAGCGAUGAGGGCGCCCCCACACCACGACUACCGCGACACAGUCAUGAAACAAAGGGUUGCCGAGUCGGUGCUGCAGCGAGUGAUUGGAGAUGAGGGCAAUAAGGUGGUGCAUAAGCAAUUCAACUCGCCCAUCAAUCUAUAUUCAGACCAGAAUAUUGCUAAUUCGAUUAGACAACAAACUUCGCCCCUGCCCGCUAACGGCCAUUACGGGCGGCCGCACGUUGUGAAGAGCCAUAAGCCGACGCUGCUGUACGACCCCGCCAAGUCGGAGACCUUCCGCGCGCUGCAGGAGGAGGGGCUGGGCGACGUGGUGCAGGAGGUGCCCACACCCGUCCAGCCGAAGGUUUUCCAGGCGCCGGCCAAUAAGAAACCAGCGCCAACUCCGAAACCAACGAAACAGCCUGACGCGAAACCGAAAGGAAAACAAACGACCUUCGUAAAUUCAUUACACGAAGAGCACAUUCAGCAGUCAAACUCAUUCAAACGCCUUAUGUACAAUGUUCUUAGUGAUGCUGACUUGUAACAUCGUUUCAACGCAGUUUGACCGUCAUGAUGGAAGGUAGACAUGGCAGACCACCAAUGGAAAUGAAAUAUUGAACUGAGCAACAAAUAGAUAUAGCAUACGUUAUGUAUUGUCAACGUAUGUAUAAUUUAUUUUUUAGCUUGAGUUUGCCACAUCGAAUGUAUGAAGCACAGAGGAUAUGAUUUUUAGUAUGGUUUUGUGGCGGUUAGUCGACGGCGCCCAAUACUGACUUAUUCGAUUAGCAAUGAAAUAAGACUAACAAAGAUUAAUAGUAAACUAUUAUAAUAAUGCUCCUGGCAGUGUGUAAAAUUAUUUUUCGGUGGAUUUAAUUAAAUUAUUCUAAUACUCGAGUAUUAGUAAUAUCAUUUAUAUUUGUAUUAAGUAGCCAUGUAACGUCUAUUACUAAGUGUUGAUUUUCUGUUUGUACAGAAAUAUUACUGUUUAUGUAUACAUAUGAGAAAUGUUGAGUGUACAGUCUAGUCACGUCGACCCGAGCUCUGGUCGUGCCCACGAGUAUGAAAUUCGUUCAACUUUAAAUAAAUUAUUUAUUUUUAUCUA